AUGGCCGUAAACACAUCCCCAGCCUCUAUAGAAUCCACCUCACAGCCAAAUGAAUCCCCGAGUGGCAAAUUUACCCUAGAAAACAUCCUCGGAACGAACCACGAAGCAGUCGAACACCCACGACUCAAGGAAAAAGAUUCAGGCGACGCCACCGGGCCCGGUGAGGGAUGGGAUGAAGAAUCAGCCGUUAGGCCUGCUGAGGACGGGUUCUGCGUCGAAUGCGAAGAUCAGCCUGCUCAAGUUGUGUGCGAUACGUGCGCAGAUAAUUACUGUGAAGUGUGCUUUGCAGCACAGCACCGGAAGGGGUCGAGGAAGAAGCAUAUCGCAAAGCCAAUCCCGAGUGGCGCCAAGUCCAAGUCGGUGCAAAAUGGUGUGGCGGAGGAUGUAAAGAAAAAUGGGGAGGAGCAAGAAGACGAUGUUGAUAUGGAUGAUUCUGAUGAAGAACUUGACCGUAUAUCAGCGAAAGCAUCCAUGACGCCCGUCUCUACCCAAAUAAUAGGCGCCCAACCCACAAUUGGAUCAAAAGUUGGCGAGUGGUUUGUCGACCGUUCGAAAUACAUCCCUCUUCGACUCACGUACGGCGAGCGCAAGUACCUACGUCUCCUCGAAGCCGCACUUCAGGUAUCCGAGUACACAGACAAGAUCGACACGCUGGGUUUUGGACUUUCGAAGCCAAAACGUAUCGUGCAUCAGAUUCGCGAGCUGUGUGCGAUUCUAUCUGGCCUCGUCCUUGCCGCAGACUACAAGCAGGGCCAAGAAUUGUUCAGAGAUCGCGAUUUUCAGUCCAACUCGGACUUCUACCAGACUAUCUUUGAACUCGGUCGGAGACAUAAAAUCAUGAACCCAGAUAAAAUGCGCACGACAUAUGGAAAGUUGAUCUAUUUGUUACAGGACAGUCAGUCCCCGGACGUUCGAGACAUACUCAGCUUUUCCUGCGUCAAGCCCAUUGUAUCUGUGUACACCAUUCUUGAAGAAAGCGAUGCUCUCAACAUGUUACGAGAUGAUCUCAUCAUAGUUGCCACGCAAGAAAUAUAUUCUGAAGGACGCUCAAGAAGAGAAGUCCAGCGGGAUAUCAAAAACAAGGAGCGCGCGAUCGAGGCGCUCGCUUCGAAAUAUCAGCGCUCGGGUUUAAACCAAGAACAAGUCCGUCAAUGCAUAUACAGCAUCGGCGAUAAUCACGCGUUCUUGCGGACGAACCGAGAUCCCUGCGAAAAGAUGAUCGCGUACUUGAAGCAAUACUUCCAUCCAACGCAUCCAAAAGACAACAAGUCCAGCUUGGCGAUACGAAGUGGCAAGCAGGGCGCGAGACUUAGCCACGAUCAUGCAAAACAAUACGCAUAUGUCUUACAGAGUCUUACCUUAUGGCGGGAGAUCCUGCAUGACAUGUUCCGGUUAUGGUCGCUCGCUGAACAGGACUUACUGGCGGAGAAUGUACCUUACCGACUGAGGGAUACUGGUCAAGGGCUAAAUCGUGUGCAAGCAGCUCCCAAAACCUUCCGCAUGAUGCACACGAUCCUACACCGUGCGCAACAAAGCGUGGGAACCUGGGUUGGCUCGUCCGCCAUCCACAUGGGCGACCAUAAUGUGCCCAACGCGCUCAUGUUCAUCGAUAAAUAUUCCCAGAUCUACCGGAUCCUACUGCCUAUCUGUAAUACCCUCUCACAUAUACCCAGCCUUGCGGAAAAACCCGCGUUACGCUCCUACAUUGAGGAUGACUUCGGUUCGACAGAUAAUUGCGUGCGCGAGAUCUUGUGCGAUUUCUUCCAGCAUGGCUUCGAUGGUUCUGGCGCCGAUAACUUCUUUGACGCGGGAAGUUGUAUCGACGGCCGUCUGACCAGCGCAUGGAACUGGUGUGCACAACUGGAAAAGAAGAGGUAUUUCCCUGUGUUUUUGCUCACAGGAUUUGUCGGAUUCGAUGGUGAUUGGUGA